AUGACUCCAACAAGCUGUCAACCACGUUUAGGUUAUGAAUGCGCUAAAUUAAUGUCAAAUCAUUAUCCAGAACGUUUAGGCUUAGCGUUAUGUAUACGUCCAGGACCAGCAUUCAAAGUAGCCUGGCAAGCAAUUAAACCAUUUCUACCACAAACAACUGUAUCAAAAGUAUGCCUUAUUAAAAAUAAAUCACAAAUGUAUUCAACAUUUGAACAAUAUUUUUCACCAGAAAUGUGUAAAUGGUUGCUAGACGAGGUAAAUUUCAAUCGAAGCAUUCAGUCGACUAGUAAAUAUCGGCCAUUUUGGUUACCACCAAAAGAUACUGCUAAAGAUAAACAUGAUCCACGAGGGGAUGAAAUUUAUACACGUGAUUGGCUUGUAUUAAAUCAUCCAUCAGGACACUUGCCACAUCCGAAUAUUGUUGAUUAUAUGCUUGGUGGUUUAAAUGCUAAUAGUUAUGAAGUGAAAUUACCCGCCAAUGAACAUGGUGAAUCAAUAGAUACUGAAUUCUCUGGUGAUUUCGACGAUGCUGAUGAGGAUGAUGCUAAUCAAGAGGAGUUGGCUAAGAAACUUGCAGCAAAAUUGCCUAAAGAAUUUAUGAUUCCAGAAGAUGCAGAAAAAUUAACAUGAAAAUAUUGUAUGUACGGCAUUUUUGUUCUCCACACUUACUUAUGUAUUCAAUAUUCUGUUCGGGUUCUGUUGCCGGGUUGAGGGAUUAUGUUUUCUUAUGCACACGGGCAAUUCUAAUUCUCUCUCUGUCUCUCUCCUUUUUCCAAUUUUAACAUUUUGAAACAAAUCGAUACAUAACGCUAAAAAUAACCAAAAUAUGAAAAAUGUGCAUACUCAGGGUCAAAUUAAAGGGAAUUUCUGAAAUAUUCUAAACUUAUUUUUUGUAUGCAGUAUUCAUUUUCUGUCAAUGUUAACAUCUCUUUCUAUUCUUUCUUCGACACUGAUCAAUGUGUGUGUCUAUGAAUAACUUUUGUAAAUUCAAGGUUAUUUACUGGAGGGAGUUAUGAAAUAAUUCAAAUUAAAAAGAAUUGAACCUGUUAAAUUUAUGAUAUAUGUGAAGAUACUUCAAAAGAAAAGUGAUUGGUUUUCAAUAAUUCAUCAGUACUCUUUUGUAAAAUAAUAUUUUGUUUUAAAAAAAAGCAUUGAACAUUUC